AUGGCCGACAUCGAGACCGUCAAACCAGAGGAGCAGACUCCUCAGUCUCCCUACCAGAAUGUCCGCACCAACGGCCGCGCCUUCAGCUCGCCCAAUUGGCGCAUGAAAAGCGAGAACAGCAGCCCACAGGCCUCGCCCUCCUCGACACGCACCAACACAUCUCGGACGGCCUUUGCACGACCGGGACCCCACGUUCCCCAGGCCAUUUCGGAGGGUCGCCGACUCUACGUGGGCAACAUGCCAUACACGGCGAAGACGGAGGAUGUAGAGGCGCUAUUCACAGCCGCGGAGUUCCCUAUCGAGCGCAUCGACAUUGCCAUUGACCCAUUUACUGGCCGAAACCCGUCGUACUGCUUCGUCGAUCUGCAGAACAAGGAGCAUGCGGAGCGGGCAAUGACCGAGUUGGACGGCCACGAUAUGCUGGGCCGCCCGGUCAAGAUUAAGCCUGGAGUGGCCAAGUCUGCCGAGCGUGCUGCCGAGCGUGCUGCCGAACAAACUCGGACACCAUUUGCCAUGAACCGCUGGCGUCCUUCGGAGGGCAGCACUACCAAUACCCCUACUAGCUUCACCAAAGUCAGCAGUGAUGCCAGCCAGCGGGUGUAUGUGGGAGGUCUGCCCCGUCUGACGGAGCCCGAAAGCGUGCAGGCCAACAUGAGGACUUUCUUCCAGGGAUACAAUGUUGAGAAUGUCAGCAAGGUGUUCACCCCACACCCGGCAAAGCGAUUCGAGCCCGGUGACCACUACUAUCUGUUUGUGGACUUGAGCAGUGUCGAGGAAGCCCAGCGGGCGAUGGACACCCUCAAUGGCCAGCAGGGCCCAUGGGGAGGCCCAUUGCGUGUGCAGCGCGCGCGUGGCACGACCAACACUAAGCCUGACGACGCCUCGUCUCCGGCGGAUGGUCCAGAUAGACCGCUAUAG